AUGUCAAACUUGUCGAGGGUGUUGGAGAGGCAACAGAAACAAAGGGAAGAAAUCUGGCGUAGACGUGCUCAAGAAGAUCGGGACGCCGAUGAAGAAGAGGAACAAAUGCUUGCAGCAGCGGUGUGUAUGAUGGAUCAAUCAAGGCACCACCGUCGUCGUCGUGCCCCGAAUGUGGACAGACAUAGGGAGUCUCGGGGUAAGAAUCUCAUGGAGGAUUAUUUUAUCCCAAAUUCAUUAUAUCCUGCUUCUAAGUUUCGAGAGAGAUAUAGAAUGCAGCCACAUUUGUUCCAAAAAAUCAUGCAUGAUAUUUGUAAUUACGACACAUACUUCAUUCAAAAGCAUGAUGCUGUUGGAGCUUUGGGUCUUAUCCCGGAGCAAAAACUUACAGCUGUUUUGCGGAUGCUUGCUUAUGGGGCAUCUGCAGAGCAGUUGGAUGAGAUUGCAAGGAUGAGAAAAUCUACUAUCCUAGAGUGCUUGGUGAGAUUCUAUGAUGCAGUGAAAAAUUUGUACACGAGGGAGUACCUUCGCAAACCCACGCCAAAAGACCUGCAACGGCUUCUACAAAAAGGCGAGGCUCGAGGAAAGUACGGGAAUCAGAAGGGCCACAAAAGUAUAAUUUUGGAGGCCGUAGCUUCAUUCGAUUGUUGGGUUUGGCAUGCCUUCUUCGGGGUUGCCGGAUCUCAGAAUGACCUCAAUGUCCUUGGUCAAUCCCAGGUGUUUGACGAGGUAUUGCGAGGUCAUUCCCCCCAGGUCACGUACCAAAUCAACAAUACCGUUUACUCUGGUGCGUACUACCUUGCCGACGGAAUUUAUCCUAGGUGGACGACAUUCGUGAAAACAAUUCCGAAUCCCCAAUCCGAGAAGGAAAGAAACUUUGCUUCCUUUCAAGAAGGUUACAGGAAAGACGUGGAGAGGUGUUUCGGUAUCUUGCAAGCUCGUUUGGCAAUUAUUAGAGGUGCUGCUCGGAUGCUAGAUGAGGAGGUGCUGCGCAGUAUUAUGAUGACUUGCAUCAUCCUCCACAACAUGAUUGUGGAGGAUGAGUAUGACUAUGAUGCUCCAGAGGUGUUUGAACCCGAUCCAAUGAACACAUCGUUGACAAGAAUAUAUGAAAGGCCGAUUGGACCAAAUGGACUACCACUGGAGCCCGAACCGUUACUUCGGGAUGGUCAAUUCAACAACCCCAUGAUUGAUCGGUAUAAAGAAAUGCAAUCUUCAUAUGUUCACGAGAUACGUCAAGGUGACUUGGUCGAGCACUUGUGGGAGAUGAAAGGCAAUCACAAUGGAUGA